UGUGUGUGAUCAGACAAACACCAUUUUGUUGCUGUUGGAAAACUAAAGAAAAACUGCAACUCCAGGCAGAAGCGGUGAGAUGAAUGAAGCCCAGCAUGGAGUGCUGAGUAAAAGAGUGAAAUUAAUUCCAGCAGAAGAGAUCAGUGUCUGCAGGAAUCAGCAGUGAGUCCAUGAGCUGUGUGUCCAUACACUAAUAUUCAAAAAUGGAGAGCUGUGAUCUGGACACAGAUAAUGUGACCCCACCCUCAGAAAAGCGUGAAGUCCAGAUGGAGAGAUCAGACUCCCCAGAACCCAGCUGUGUCUCCAUGAAGAGCGAUGCGUCUAUGAAGCUUCCUUUGAAAUUUAAUAGUGGAAACCCCUCACCUGUACACAGUGAAGUCCAGAUAAAGAGAUCAGACUCAUCAGAACCCAGCUGUGUCUCCAUGAAGAGUGAUGAGUCUAUAGAGCCUCCUUUGAAAUUUAACAAUGGAAACCCCUCACCUGUACACAGUGAUUUACAGAAGACAGGAGACAGAAUAAAAAAUAUCAUCAUAGAUGCAAGACACGCCCCAGAAUCUCCUGCUGUAAAGGAAUUCCAGAAAAAGUUCAGAUUAAAUCUGAAGGAGAAGUUUCAGUGUUUAAAUGGAGUGAUGAUAAAGCAGGAAAAGCGAGCACUCCUGAAUGAGAUCUACACCGAGCUCUACAUCACAGAGGGAGACAGUGGAGAUGUCAAUAAAGAACAUGAGAUGAGACGGAUCGAGGCAUCGUCCAGGAGAAAAACAACAGGGGAAACACCAAUCAAAUGCAGCGACAUCUUUAAGCCCUUAUCUGAAGAAGACGAACCCAUCAGAACUGUAGUGACAAAGGGAGUGGCUGGUAUCGGAAAAACAGUCUCUGUGCAGAAGUUCAUUGUGGACUGGGCUGAAGGGAAAGCAAAUCAGGACGUCCCCCUCAUAUUUCCACUUCCUUUCAGAGAGCUGAAUCUGAUGGAGGACCAAGAACGGAGUCUGAUGGAGCUCCUUCAUGUCUGUUUUAAGGAAACAAAAGAAACAGAAAUGUCCAGGUUGGAAAAGGCUCUGUUCGUUUUUGAUGGAUUGGACGAGUGUCAUUUCCCUCUGGAUUUCCGGAACACAGUGACAGUGUGUGAUGUAACUGAAUCAGCAUCAGUGCGUGUGCUGCUGAUAAACCUGAUCAAAGGGAAUCUGCUUCCCUCUGCUCUCAUCUGGAUCACCUCCCGACCAGCAGCAGCUGAUCAAAUCCCCUCCGAGUACGUCCAUCGAGUCACAGAGGUACGAGGGUUCAGUGACCCACAGAAGGAGGAGUAUUUCAGGAAGAGGGUCAGUGAUCAGAGCCUGGCCGAGAACAUCAUCACACACCUGAAGUCAUUAAGAAGCCUCUACAUCAUGUGUCACAUCCCAGUCUUCUGCUGGAUUUCAGCCGCUGUUCUAGAGAGAAUGUUGGGUGAAGCAGAGAGUGGAGAGAUCCCCAAGACUCUGACUCAAAUGUACACACACUUCCUCAUCAUUCAGACAAAUGUCAUCAGAGAAAAAUACUCAAAGAAGCAGGAGAGUGAUGAAGAAAUGCUGCUCAAACUGGGAAAACUGGCUUUUGAGCAGCUGGAGAAAGGCAAUCUGAUCUUCUAUGAGGAAGACCUGAGAGAGUGUGGCAUUGAUGUGACAGAAGCAGCAGUGUUCUCAGGCGUGUGUACGCAGAUCUUCAGAGAGGAGGUUGGACUUCACCAGAGUAAAGUGUACUGCUUUGUUCAUCUGAGCGUUCAGGAGCAUCUCGCAGCUCUGUAUGUGCAUCUGACCUUCAUGAAGGAAAAGAGAAAUGUUCUUGAUCAGAGUCGGUCCUUUAAGACAAUUUCAGAUGUACACAGGCGUGCUGUAGAUCAGACCUUAAAAAGUCGGACUGGACAUCUGGAUCUGUUCCUCCGCUUUCUUCUGGGUCUCUCACUGGAGUCCAAUCAGAAACUCUUACAUGCCUUCGUAACACAGAGAGGAAGUAGCUCCCAGAGCAAAGAGGAAACAGUUCAGUACAUUAAGAAGAAGAUCAGUAGAGAUGAUCUUCCUGCAGAAAAAUCCAUCAAUAUGUUCUGCUGUCUGAAUGAACUGGGUGAUGAUUCCCUCGUGGAGGAAAUCCAACGCUACUUGAAAUCUGGGAAACAAAGUGAACUCUCUCCUUCACAGUGGUCUGCUCUGGCGUUUGUGUUACUGACUUCAGCACAGGAGCUGGAGGAGUUUGAUCUGAGUGAAUAUACCAGGACAGAAGAGAUACCAGGUUGGGUCCUUGUGAGGGUGAUGCCUGUGAUUGCAGCAUCCAGAAAAGCCGUGAUCAGGUGUGAUACAAUUGAAAGGAGAAGCGCUGAAGCUCUGGUCUCAGUGCUCAACUCAGAAACCUCCAGUCUGAGAGAACUGCAUCUGACUGUGAAGAGACUGGAUCUGUCUCGGAAUAAACUAAAAGACUCAGGAGUGAAGCGUCUCUGUGCUGUACUGGAGAAUCCUCACUGUAAAGUGGAGAAACUGGAGUUGUCGCGUUGUGGUGUCUCAGAUGAAGGCUGUGCUGCUCUGAGUUCAGCUCUGAGAUCAAACCCCUCACACCUGAGAGACCUGAAUCUGUCUGAGAAUAAUCUGGGAGACUCAGGAGUGAAGCAUCUCUGUGCUGGACUGGAGAAUCCUCACUGUAAACUGGGGUUGCGGGAUUGUGGUGUCUCAGAUGAAGGCUGUGCUGCUCUGAGUUCAGCUCUGAGAUCAAACCCCUCACACCUGAGAGACCUGGAUCUCUCCUUUAAUAAACUCAGAGACUCAGGAGUGAAGUGUCUCUGUGCUGGACUGGAGAAUCCUCACUGUAAACUGGAGACACUGUGGUUGGAGCGUUGUGGUGUCUCAGAUGAAGGCUGUGCUGCUCUGAGUUCAGCUCUGAGAUCAAACCCCUCACACCUGAGAGUACUGAAUCUGAUUGGAAAUGAAAUCGGAGACUCAGGAGAAAAGCUGCUCUCUGCUCUUAAGGAUGAUAAACAUUACAAACUCCAGAGACUGAUUGUGUGGUGAACAUGUGUGUGAGAUGAAGACUCUGGUGUUCCUGCAUUUCCAUGCUGGGGAACAGACAACACAUUCAUAAACCCAUCAGUCAUUUAGUUCUAACAAAUGAAAGAGACUCGGAGACGUGGGCAGUGUGUGUUCAUGGUGCACAGUGAAUCAGACUGCACACAAUUCUACACUGAAUGUGGAACAACUUGUGAUCUGCAUGAAACUGCCUGGACCUCAGUCCCUUAAAAACCCUGAAAGAGCAGGUGGAAAAAGCACAGGGACUCGAUCUGAACCCAGUCAGUGGAAGAGGGAGCUGAAAUGGACAGGAACAGUUUCAGGACAUUGGUGGGAUUCUCACCUGACAGGAUCGGCAUUUGGGGAGUUAAUCUGAGGCCCCAAGGAGACUCACUACAAGGCACAUUUAUCACUUUGUCCUUUGGUUGGUGUUUUAAUGUAGUUUAGAUCUUUUUGUUACAGGAUCAGACCAAAUCUGUUCAUUAUUUACUCUGUCUGAUCCUGAUUUUGUUUUUGUUUGUUUUGCUGGGAUCAGAUGAUCGAACCCAAUAUGGGAUCAGAGCCAUCUCUUUUACUUGAGUAUAGACUCAGAUUCACUUCCAUUUCCCUGAGUAUUUACAUACACAGAAAUAAAAGACUUUUUCUCAUCAGCAUGGUUCAGCACAAUUAAAAAGUUAAAUUACACAUUAAAAACUAAUAAUUUCUAUCUGAUCUAUUAAAAUAGAUCUAAAGCAACCAUUUAAGCACAAUCAGUCUCUAAUAUGGAACUGAAAAAUGAAAUGUUCACACACCUCUCAGCAGCCAAGCUCACAACAAUUUGUGUUUCAGUGCAGUUUUCAGUCCUAAUGAAGUUGUAUCACCUGUUUAGCAUCCUGCUGGUUCUGCAGCUGAUGUUUCUGUACCUCUUCCCAGAUGGAAGGACGGAGAAGAUGCGGCAUGAAGGGUCCUUAAUGAUGGAGAUAGCCCUGCAGGUGCAGCACUUUUGGUAGAUCUCCAUCAGUGAAGGGAGAGGGGCAUCAAUGACCCCCCUGGCUGUCUUCACAACCCUAUUUAGCUUCUUCUUGUCGUAGGCCUUGCAGCUCCCAAACCAGAAAGUGAGGCUGUAUGUUAAGAUGCAUCAAGUCAGUGGGUAAACACUGGGAGUGACGUCAUCGAAGUUAAAUAUUGGGAAAUUUGUCACUCAGGUCCGCAAUGUACUUUGUAUGAAAAAUGCAAGGUUUUUUUUAACAUGAGAAAA